AUGGCUAGAACUUUCUUCGUUGGUGGUAACUUCAAAUUAAACGGUUCCAAGGCUUCCAUUAAGGAAAUUAUUGACAGAUUGAACACUGCUUCUAUCCCAGAAAAUGUCGAAGUUGUUAUCUGUCCACCAGCUGCUUACUUAGACUUCGCUGUCUCUCAAGUUACAAAGCCACAAGUUAGUGUUGGUGCCCAAAAUGCUUACUUAAAGGCUUCUGGUGCUUACACUGGUGAAAACUCUGUUGACCAAAUCAAGGACUUAGGUGCUAAGUGGGUUAUCUUAGGUCACUCCGAAAGAAGAACUUACUUCGGUGAAGACGACAAGAUGGUUGCUGAAAAGACCAAGUUCGCUUUGGACAACGGUGUUGGUGUCAUCUUGUGUAUUGGUGAAACCUUCGAAGAAAAGAACGCCGGUGUCACCUUAGACGUUGUUGAAAGACAAUUAAAUGCUGUUAUUGCUGAAGUUAAGGACUGGACCAACGUUGUUAUUGCUUACGAACCAGUCUGGGCUAUUGGUACCGGUUUAGCUGCUACUGCUGACGAUGCCCAAGCUAUCCACGCUUCUAUUAGAAAGUUCUUAGCUGGUAAGUUAGGUGAGAAGGCUGCUUCUGAAAUCAGAAUCUUAUACGGUGGUUCUGCUAACGGUUCUAACGUUGCUUCUUUCAAGGACAAGGCUGAUGUUGAUGGUUUCUUAGUCGGUGGUGCUUCCUUGAAGCCAGAAUUUGUUGAUAUCAUCAACUCCAGAAACUAA